CAGAGGAAACCAUAAAGAAAGGCAGUCUGCAAGCAGGCGGAGCAGGGCGUCGGGAGGCCCAGACCAGACCCCUCGGAGCUAGGAGAGCGGGGCAGCCUGAAGGCGUCGAGGAAGGAACCGGAGAACAAAGUGCACAGCUGGAUCUCCAGGUAGCACAGCUGGAUCCCUCGCAGCCCUGCUGCAGCUGCUUCGGGACAAGCGCCUGGGCGGAGCCCGGAAGGUGAUGCAAAGAUGUCGACGCUGCUGGACCCCGGCAUGCAGAGUCUGCGUGUAGGUACAAACUGCGAGAGAUCCCGUACACCGUCCCCACCGAGCUCCCCGGGGACGCUCAAUGAGAGCUGCAGCAUCGCGCCCCUCACGCCCUCCCAGUCUCCGAGGAACGAAGCUCGGACGCAGAGGCCCACAUCCUUCGUCGUGGUGGUGGCCAUCGACUUCGGCACGACCUCCAGCGGCUAUGCCUUCAGCUUCUCCAACGACCCCGAGGCCAUCCACAUGAUGAGGAAGUGGGAAGGCGGUGACCCCGGUGUGGCCAAUCAGAAGACACCCACUAGCUUGUUGCUGACACCAGAGGGCACUUUUCACAGUUUUGGAUACACGGCCAGGGACUAUUACCAUGACCUUGACCCAGAGGAAGCCCGGGAAUGGCUCUACUUCGAGAAAUUUAAGAUGAAGAUUCACAGCACUAGCGACCUGACCAUGAAAACUGAACUAGAAGCUGUGAAUGGGAAGAAGGUCGCAGCACUGGAGGUGUUUGCGCACGCGCUGCGCUUUUUCAAGCGGCAUGCUCUGCAGGAGCUCAAGGACCAGUGCCCGUCGUUGCCGGAGACGGGAGCUGUGCGCUGGGUGAUCACGGUGCCAGCCAUCUGGAAACAGCCCGCCAAGCAGUUCAUGAGGGAGGCUGCCUACAAAGCCGGCUUGGUGUCCCCCGAGACCCCGGAGCAGCUGUUAAUUGCCCUGGAGCCAGAAGCCGCGUCCAUCUACUGCAGGAAACUCCGGCUCCACCAGCUGAUCGACCUCAGCUACAAACCGCUGGCAAAUGGCCUGGCCCCCGACCGCUCCAUCGACUCCAGCUUCAGGCAGGCCCGGGAGCAGCUCCGGCGUUCCCGCCACAGCAGGACCUUCCUGGUGGAGUCGGGCGUGGGCGAGCUGUGGUCUGAGAUGCAGACAGGUGACCGCUAUAUAGUGGCCGACUGCGGGGGAGGGACGGUGGAUCUCACCGUGCACCAGAUCGAGCAGCCGCAGGGGACCCUCAAGGAGCUCUACAAAGCCUCAGGUGGCCCCUACGGCGCGGUGGGUGUGGACUUAGCCUUCGAGCAGCUGCUGUGCCAGAUCUUCGGGGAGGAUUUCAUUGCUACCUUCAAGGCCAAGCGCCCGGCUGCCUGGGUGGACCUGACCAUCGCCUUCGAGGCGCGCAAGCGGGCGGCCACCCCGUCCCGCGCCAACCCCCUCAACGUCUCCCUGCCCUUCUCCUUCAUCGACUUCUACCGCAAGCACCGGGGCCAGAACGUGGAGACCGCACUCAAGAAGAGCAGUGUGAACCUGGUGAAGUGGUCGUCCCAGGGGAUGCUACGGGUGUCCGCGGAGGCCAUGAACGAGCUCUUCCAGCCGACCAUCAGCCAGAUCAUCAACCACAUUGACGCCCUCAUGAAGAAACCCGAAGUGGACGGCAUCAAGUUCCUGUUCCUGGUGGGGGGCUUCGCCGAGUCGGCCAUGCUGCAGCACGCGGUGCAGACGGCCUUUGGCGCCACGUGCCGCGUGAUCAUCCCGCAGGACGUGGGGCUGACCAUCCUCAAGGGUGCUGUGCUCUUCGGCCUCGACCCCACCAUCGUACGGGUGCGCCGCUCGCCCCUGACCUACGGCGUGGGCGUGCUCAACAAGUUUGUGGAGGGCAAGCACCCCCGGGAGAAGCUGCUGGUGAAGGAGGGCAAGAAUUGGUGCACCGACAUCUUCGAGAAAUUCGUGGCCGUCGACCAGUCCGUGGCCCUGGGAGAAGUGGUGCAACGCAGCUACUGCCCAGCCCGGGCCGGGCAGCGGAAGAUCAUCAUCAACGUCUACUGCAGCGCCACGGACGACGUGGUCUACAUCACCGACCCGGGCGUGCGCAAAUGCGGCACCAUCAGUUUGGAGCUGGACGCGGUGGAGGAUGGGGGGUCCCCCUCCCCGCGGAGCCGCCGUGAGAUCCGCGCCAGCAUGCAAUUUGGGGACACGGAGAUCAAGGUCACGGCCAUGGACGUCAGGACCGCCAAGACCGUUCGGGCCUCCAUCGACUUCCUGUCCAACUGAGCCCCGGGGGAGCAGGGACGACCUGGGGCAUCCCCUGAUAGUGGCUCCCACCCCCAGCCCCAACCUGGCAGCCAGUGACUGCAUCCUGGGGGGUUUAUCACUGCAGGACCGAGCUGCUCCCACCCUCUGGGGGCUGGAAACAUCCCUUCGUGGACUUGCAAAGGUGGGCAAGCCGUGGGGAGCCCACUGCGACCUUGGUGGGAGGUGGAGGGGUGGUCUGCUCCAGACCUGCUGCAUCUUAACACACCCAAAUCCAUCUCAGGGGUCUCAGCCUCUGGAUGCAGCUCAGCAAGGGGCAUGCUGAGGUGGGAAUGACCCUUGCCAAGAUCCCACGAGCUUUGGACCCACAGCACUGUCCCUCCUGCUACCCCGGGCAUGGACAGACUGACAUCCUGGAUGAUCAGGAGAGAUGCAGCCCCAAGCCCAAAGAGAUCUCCUCUACCCUCCCCAAGCACGAGCGGGUGGUCCUGCUUUGAGCAGGGGGUUGGACUAAAUGCCCACCUGAGGUCCCUUCCCACCCUCCUCAUCUACGAGUCUAUAAGUGUCGUGGGCUUGUUGCAUUGCAGGCACAUCGCCCCGGCACAGCAGGCUCGCGUCCCCAGUGCCAGGCCAUUGCAGCCGCAGCGAGGUGCUUCCAGUGGGACCCAGUUGCAUGUCUGGGGCCAGGGAUUGCAGCAAACCCAGGGAUGCUCUGAUCCCUCUCCACCCUAUGGAUGUUUGCUGGGGCCCAGGGUCUCACCUGAGGACUGCAAAUACCAGAUACCCACGGACUGCAGCUGGGUCGUGCCCAUCUAUGAGCAUGGCUCCCCCCACUAUCCCUGUGAGGGGCAACAGACUCAGAGCCAUGUCCUGGGCGGGGGGCUGCCCACCUGCCGUGACCAGCCACGUGGCCACCACGGGCCCAAUGCCUCCGUAGGAAAACCACUUUGCUGGCCUGUGGCUACUCAAAUGAACACGCCGUGAAUUAAGAGCCGGCCACUUCUUCCCUAGCCAGACAGCACUCAGCGAGACGAGAGGAUGACAAACUGAAAUGACGCCUGAAUCCCCGCUGGCAGAUGGCAGCGAUAAAUAUAUCUAUAUAUAUAUUUUUUUGUAAGCCCCCAAAUUUUUAUUUUUCUAUAUCGCCUGCCGAUGUGCGGCGCACAAGAGCCCCGGGUGGUGUGGUGGGGUCCCCGGGUGGCAUGGCAAUUAUAACCUGUUGAAGUACAGCAUGAGAAGCGAUGGAAGUCAAAAUAAACUAUGAUAUCCUCCCGCAGAGCCAGGCAGGGUGCUGUGCUUUGCAGGGGCAGGGAGGACUGGGUUUUUUCGUCUUGCAGGUUGGGCCUUUCACCUGGAAUAGGGUCCUCAACCAGCCAGUGUCUUAGUUCUGCUGCAAAAUUGGAGGGGGAUCCCGUCUUGAUGAAGAGGGGCUUGGGUGGGGGCCCCGAUAUAGAAGAGGCUGAGAUCCACACAGCAAAGGGGAAGACAGUCGAGGGCUUUGCGUACACGUGCAGCUUGGGUUGUGUUAUGCAUGGUCUCCGUUGAGACUCCAGCCUUGUCCCAUGACCCUGGAGUAGCUUUUACAGCCCCCAUGUCCCUCCAUGGGUUGACUCUCUUGUUUUGGUCUCUUCAACCCACCUUUGCCUCUCUCAAUAGUGUCCUUCCUUUCUCAUUGUAUUAAAAUGACUUUAUUCCCUUCUGUUUAGUACCCCUGCUCUCUGCCCAUCCAUCCCCAGCCUCUGACCCAAGUAGACCAAGGAAAAGCACUUGCCUCCAUGAACGAGUUAGUCUCAUAGGGUCCUAGAAAGGUGAGGGACCGGGAGCAUCACAGGGCCGUGUCGCAGCCCCGCGCCACGCUGCACAAGCAGCCCUGAGAAGCUGAUGUCUGGGUGUACGAGAUCCAGCAGCUUGGAGGAGGAAACGGGCCGCUGGGUCCUACCUAUGAGAUGCAUGGCCUCCCAGGAGCAUCGUAGGAUCAGAGGAGAGGCAGGCUGGAAGGGACCUCACGGGGUCACAUCCAGUCCAGCCUCUGCUCAAGGCAGGAGCAGCCCUGGCUAAACCAGCCCAGCCAAGGGUGUGCCUAACCUGCUCCUGGGAUGGAGACCACCACGUCUCUAGCGGCCUGUUCCAGUGCUCGGCCCCCACCAGAGUCACAGUCAUGCCCCACGCUGUAUCGGUGCCUGCAGUUAUUCCAUCCCAAAUGCAGGACUUUGCACUUGUCCUUGCUGAAUUUCGUCUGGUCGACUGCAAUGAAAUGGCUACUUCAUCCGUUUAAAGCCAAGCAAGAGCAUUACAGAUUGCAAGUUAUGCCACUUCCAUCCCCUUAGCCAAGCAGUUGGCACUGGGGCAAGGCCCUGGGGCACAGCCAGGGUUCGAGUGGUUUUUAAUGCUGUGUGAGUUGUUCUCUCGCAGGGUGGGAAGCGGGUCACCUCAGGCCCAGGGCAAUGGAUAAAAGACAUAUUGGAAGACAGCAGAUAGCAAUAGCAUUCCCAAUGCUUUCAGGACAUGCCCGUAUCUCCAGGAUGGGCCUGGCUCUAGCCUAUCCUGAGCCCAUCACCAGGGUAUCUGUGCACUUUGCUGCAAGAUAAAUGUCCAGAAGCCACAGUGGGUGCAGGAGGGAGAAAGGCUUUACUAAGCCUUCAGCCUGAUGCCUUUGAACCCUAGAAAACCAACACAGCAGCUGGGGCGGUUACAACCCACGGCUAGUCCUCAUCGGCUCCUGCCUCCAUCUGCUGUCACUCAUCCCCUCUUGGCUUUGGGGCAAGGAUCAUCUCGCUGCCUGCAUCUGUACAGCGCCGAGCACAGCUGGGUCCUGGUGCACUACAAGGGUUCCCAGAUGCAGAUAACUCAAUAACGAGCGUUGCCCGCAGGUAGCUGCAAGAGGCUAUCUAGGUAGCAAUGCAACAUUUGCAGUGAAGUCAGGCUAGAAAGGACCUCAUUAUU